GGCUCUGGGCGUUCUCCAGGGAAACACCCUCCCCUUUAGACCCUUCCUCUCCCAGUUUUUAAUUGAACGUGGCUUUUAUAUUUGGGUUAUUUGGCGAGGUUCUUGGGAGUCAAAGAACUCCCGAGGUCUUAAUGAAAUUGACCUAAUCUUAAGGAAUGCGUCGAUGACCGGGCUCUUAACUUGAAUGUGUUAGGAAAGAUUUUUUUCCAGAAACAGACAUACACUUAGGAUUAGUGGCCAGUUGAGUUAGUUUAAGUACUUAACAAAUGAAUUCCAGUUGAAAUAAGAUACGUGUUUAAUCAUCUGCUAUUAAUAGAACACAAAACAACUUUUGUUUUAAUUCAGCCUAGGCGCCUCGAACCCCUGAAACUUUAAAGUUCACAUAUAGCAUGUUUAAGGUUAUAAAUGGUUGGUUGGUUGAUGUGUUUUAUCUUUUUUUCUGUCCCUGGUGCUUGAAUCAGGAAGUUUGGUCAUUUUGAUAGACUAAUUUUAAACUCUAAAAUUUAGUUUCUGGGUUUUCAAGGUCUGAAUUCCUAAAAUCAGAGGAGUCUGUCAACUUUUGUUGAAAGAAAGUAAGAGAAGAACAUGAUCAUUUUCAUUAUGUAUUGAAAUCCAAGAGAUUAUCUGUUUAGUUUAUCUUAACACACUAAGUGUAUACUGUCACAUAUGAAUUAUGCCUCACAGAUCGGGAGAGUAGAUACAGUUGACAGAGCCUUUUUGAUGCUCAGCCACUGUGACCAAAACCUUUUCCUAUUGGUGUGUUUCUUUCGUAGAGGGCGAUCUUUAGAAAUUUGGGAAAUUCAAAUGUUAAAGUCCUACGUUUGUAUUGAGAUUGCCACUAUUUAAAUGACCCGGAAGACGGUGCUGCAUGAGGUGUGGGGUGCUGACCGUGUGUAAAUAAAACGUUCUUUCGGCUAGACUCUGACCUGGAAAAAUGUUAUGGAACAGUUCAAUCCUGGGCUUCGAAAUUUGAUAAACCUAGGGAAAAAUUAUGAGAAAGCCGUAAAUGCUAUGAUCGUGGCAGGAAAAGCCUACUAUGACGGAGUGGCCAAGAUUGGUGAGAUUGCCACCGGGUCCCCCGUGUCGACUGAACUGGGCCAUGUCCUCAUAGAGAUUUCAAGCACCCACAAGAAACUCAACGAGAGUCUUGAUGAAAAUUUUAAAAAAUUCCACAAAGAGAUUAUCCAUGAGCUGGAGAAGAAGAUAGAACUUGACGUGAAAUAUAUGAAUGCAACUCUAAAAAGAUACCAAACAGAACACAAGAAUAAAUUAGAGUCUUUGGAAAAAUCCCAAGCUGAGUUGAAGAAGAUCAGAAGGAAAAGCCAAGGAGGACGAAACGCACUCAAAUAUGAACACAAAGAAAUCGAGUACGUGGAGACCGUUACCUCUCGUCAGAGUGAAAUCCAGAAAUUUAUUGCAGAUGGUUGCAAAGAAGCUCUGCUUGAAGAGAAGAGGCGCUUCUGCUUUCUGGUUGACAAGCACUGCAGCUUUUCAAACCACAUACAUUAUUAUCACUUACAGUCUGCAGAACUACUGAAUUCCAAGCUGCCUCGGUGGCAGGAGACCUGCGUUGAUGCCAUCAAAGUGCCAGAGAAAAUCAUGAAUAUGAUCGAAGAAAUAAAGACCCCAGCCUCUACCCCCGUGUCCGGGACACCUCAGCCUUCGCCCAUGGUCGAGAGGAGCAGUGUGGUUAGGAAAGAUUACGACACCCUUUCUAAAUGCUCACCAAAGAUGCCCCCCGCUCCUUCAGGCCGGGCGUAUACCAGUCCUUUGAUCGAUAUGUUUAAUAACCCAGCAACGGCCGCACCAAAAUCAGAAAGGAUAAAUAAUUCAACAGAUACUUCCGAAGAUCCCAGUUUACAACGAUCAGUUUCAGUUGCAACUGGACUGAACAUGAUGAAAAAGCAGAAAGUGAAGACCAUCUUCCCGCACACUGCAGGCGCCAACAAGACCUUACUCAGCUUUGCACAGGAAGACGUCAUCACACUGCUCAUCCCCGAGGAGAAGGAUGGCUGGCUGUACGGAGAACAUGAUACAUCCAAGGCGAGGGGCUGGUUCCCGUCGUCAUACACGAAGUUGCUAGAAGAAAAUGAGACGGAAGCAAUGACUCUGCCCAUGCCAAGCCCCGCGCCAGUGAGAAGCGUCAGCACCUUGAACUUGUCUGAGAGCAGCAGUGUUGUCAUCCCCCCACCCGACUACCUGGAAUGCUUGUCCAUGGGGGCAGCUGCUGACAGGAGGGCAGACUCGGCCAGAACUACAUCCACCUUCAAGUCGCCGGCGUCCAAGCCAGAGACCAUGGCUCCUAACGAUGCCAAUGGGACUGCGAAGCCACCUUUUCUCAGCGGAGAAAACCCCUUUGCCACUGUGAAGCUCCGCCCGACCGUGACAAAUGAUCGCUCAGCACCUGUCAUUCGAUGAGAAGACAGCCAAGGACUCUCCUGGGCCUCUCCUGUUCUCCCUUUCAGAAUGAUGGGCGUGUCCUGUCUGCCACGUGCUGUCAGGAAGCUUCAGCGGAGGGGCCUGACUCCAAUGUCGCCUGCCUGAGCAGAUCAUGCUUCUGUUUCACAUAGUUGGGUUGACACGUUUCUGCCUUUAAGAUAACUAAUAGUCUAAUCACCAACUCAAUCAUUUAAAAUAUUUUCUUCUUAUUCUGUUCAAGAAGCAGUGAACAUGGUUUCAGUCUUUAUUGUAUUUUUUUAAAUGAAUUUUUUUCCUUAAUAAAGCCAGAAUAAGGGAUAGUCUAUGCUUUCAUGCCUGGCUUUCUGCACGUGACGCAAAUGAGACCAAUUUUAUUUUAUAAAGUAUGUGCUCUUAGUAGCAUUGUGUCUACCUAAAGAAAAUACCACACAGGUUUGCAUCUUAGCAUGCAAAUCAUAAUCUUAAGCAAUAUAAAUUAUGAAAAUACUAUAUACAUGUAAUUUUUUAACUAAAAAGUUUUAAACUUUAACGAAAUGUGGAGCUUCUGGAGAUGGAGAAACCCCGCUCCCUCCGACUCCGACAGAGCUGCAGAGUGCUAAGAGAUUUUGCUGCCCUUACCACAGCCACCUGUCGCACUUGAGGAAAUCCCCUCCCAGAGCUCCUUUUCUCGGUAGUUCAGUCAUCGGCUGGAUUCGCCACACAGCCCAUCCAGGACACGGGCUGGGCGUUGGACUCACAGCUCCUGUGUUCUCACUCAGCUAGUUGGCCAAAGCUGCAUCCAUUACCAAAUACACUCAAACUUCCCGGGGUCCCGGUUUCUCCAUGUUUCAGUCAGGUUGGACUCUCAAAGGAUGUGCAUAAAGCCCACGUGACCUCUGGUGCCUGGAGAAGGCGGGUUUUCAGCCCAGCAGCCAUGACGCACUCAGAACCCGGCCCUGCAGCGUGGAUGUGAGGACUCAGCGGUGGCUGCCCUGGACCCCGGGCUGGAAUUCACCUCUGGCUGCCAAGGAUCUGGACCUAUUUUGCAGUGGAGCAUCAUGGUUAAAUUCCCAGCCCGGCCCAAGUAUGGGAAUCUCGGCACCUUGUGAGGCUAAGGCAGGAGAAUCACCUGAGGUCAGGAGUCUCUCCUAAAAAUAGAAAAAUUAUCGGGGCAUGGUGGCAGGCACCUUUGAUCCCAGCUACUCGGGAGGCUGAGGCAGGAGAAUCGCUUGAACCCAGGAGGCAGAGGUUACAGUGAGCUGAGAUCACGCCACUGCACUUCAGCCUGGGUGACAGAUUACCAGCCUGGCUGUUCACCGUGUGUGCUGGGGGCACUGGGGCUUAUCACCUCUCCUCUGGCCUUGCCAUAGUGUACUGUUUUCUUAUGAGGGGAAAAUUGGGAAAGGUCACAUGUGGGUAAGCCAGUGGACAUGGGUGAUGCUUCAGGCUCCUUCCAGCCAGGUAGAGCAGUGUCACCAUCUGCCUCUCUUCGGAGGACAAACCAGGCACUCCCCAUGGAGGGCUACACGCACCAUGAACUGUGUUACCCGCCAGGUCUGUUCUACAGAAGGAGCUGUGGCCACAAAAGAAUUCAGUCCGCAAGGCCUCUGUGGCCAUGUUCCCCACUUCAGACGUCAGAGCAGGGCUCAGGGAGCCCCAUUUGCAGCCGUGGGGAACUGUAGGGUGUGGGUAGCCUACCUUUGUGCCCUGCCUUGGGGAUGGUUCUGGUUCUGUUACGGGGCAGGAGAAGGGCCUGGGCGGCCUCGGAUGCAGCCCCAGGUUCCACCUCCCAGACCAAAACCGGAGGAAUGGCCUUGUCCUUGGCACGGAGGUGCCUGCUCUGUAAAUGUCAAGGGAUUGUGUUUAAUUUUAAUAAUAAAGAACUUGAAAACAA